UUGACUACGAGGCGGCGACGGUAAAUGCAGUAAGGGCGCAGCAGGCGCGGGUUGGAGAACUCCUUCGGCACUUCUACAGCACUACCUUGCCUGAGGAGAAGAAGCGCUCGCGUUUAAUUCAGGCGUUGGACGCCAUAAAAGCGGAGUUGGAAAAUUCCCAAGACAUAUCAGGGGGGUUCACAGGGGCGGCUACGAAGGCGCUAUCUACGCCUUUGGUUGAGCAAAUAACAGCGGCAAGAAGACAUGCAAACCGACUGCAGCGGCUGCUGCAGGCAGCUCGGGAAAAGCGCAUCAGCCAGCAUGUGCGCCAGGCACAGCAACAGGCGCAUCCACAGCACACAGCGGCUCCCUAA